AUGGCUAUUUCAUAUUCAUCAGAAAAUAUCACUAUAUAUCCAUUACUAAAUACAACUGAUAAACUUAAUCCAACUGAUAAAAUUAAUCUAACCGAUAAAAUUAAUCAAAGUAAAAUAGUUUUACUUCCACCAUCAGAAAAUCGUCGUUUUGCAGUAUUUGCUUGUUCAAUUCAUUCAACAAUAUUAGCAUAUACAUUUUAUACACCGCUAGCAGCUGCUAGUUGGAAACGUAUUGGUUAUGAAACAAUUGCUAUGUUUGUUGGAGAUUUUACUAAACCAAAUGUUCUUACAGGACGAUUAAAUUUAUCACGUAAUUAUUUAAAACAUAUUGGUGCGCAUAUUGUUGAUAUACAAUGUAAUGAAUCGUAUUCAGUUAAAUUAUCUCAAUUAGCACGAGUUUUUUCGGGCUUUUUACCAGAUAAUAUUGUUCAAGAUGAAGAUAAUAUUUUAACAGGUGAUAGUGAUUUAAUUCCAUUGAAAGAAAGUGAAUAUAAACCAACACCCGGUACAGAUGGCUUUAUUUUUAAUGCUUUUUGUUGUGGAACAUUUCAACGACGUGGAAAAACUUACACAAUGUUUCCAAUGGGUCAUAUAUUUUUACAAAAGAAAGUAUGGCGUUCUAUUGUUAUGGAAUCUGUACAACGUACUGAACUUCUUGUUAAUGCUGAUAAUCGUACACAAUAUUUAUUAAGUGAAAAAGCUCCUCUUUCAUUUGAUACAAUAAGUUUAUAUGGUAGAAAGGAAUUUAAAGAAAUUUAUGAUCAACGUAUGGAUAAAGGUGAUGCGGCUUGGUAUAUGGAUCAAGUAUUAUGUUCAAUGUUAUUAACUGAUUAUCGUGGAAAACAUCCAAAUUUAAAAAUAAAUGAACGUGGUCGUAUUGAUCGUCUUGAUCGUGCAUAUCCAAUGCAUGUUUGGAAUCGAGAUAAUUUUAAUCAAUUCGGUGAUUCACAUUUAAAACAUGAUGAAAUUUUCGAAGAAGGUAAUUGGAAAAUAUUUAAUAAAUUACUUAAAAGUCUAUUUAAUGAUACUAUUUUAACAUUAUUUAAUGAUUAUUAUAAACAGUAUAUGAUUAUUGAUAAAAUUUCAGUGAAUGAAACAAAACCGUGA